AAAUAGCCACUUUUACAGUUGAAGCGUUAUGCAUUAGACACGGAGUUCAUGGAGUUCACAGUGGGCCGGAAAACUGAAACACUCCGAGGUCACUGUGUUUUAUCUUUAACUUGAUGUUUGGGCUGGUGGUGAAAAGCUCUCAUUACACUCUGAUUACAAUUUACAGCUAUUUACAUCCGCCUACUUCUAAUGGGUCACUUUCUCAUAUUAAAACCACAUCAUUUAUACACACAGCAUACUGUAAUAGCUGCUGGUGUUUGGUGAUCAAGCAGUAUGCAAACAGAAAUAACACUCACAGUUCAGGAUUCAACCUGCUACCUGUCAUAAGCUCUAUAAAGUUAUUGCUUUUAAAUGAAUAGGCCCAGCUCAUGUAAUAUACAGACACCUCAUUACACUCUGAUAAUGAUGAUAUUAUUAAUAAUAAAUCUUCAGUCAUGGCAGCCAACUUUUUUUUAACUCGCUUAUUACACUUUCACGAAAAAAAAAAAAAAAAGGUAAUACACUUUUAUACCUUUCCUUGUCCCUUAACUUUGUACCUUUUGUGUUUCACCUGGAAAUGUCGAUAUAGUAUACCUUUAAGAAUGAUAUAAGUUACACGGUUGGACCGUAAUUACUUUUUAUAGUAAAGCUUUAAAAGGUAUACUGCAUGCACCUUUCGAGGUAAAAGAUCCAUACUAAAGAUACAAAAGGUGCACCUAAGAGAUGAGGAAAAAUACAGUUUAGUGCCAUUUUCUCUAAGAGUAUACAUGGAAUCUAGGCCUAGCGUAUAAUAAGCAUCUAAGGCUCUUACAGCUAUGGCAACCUGAUGUGUUUCGAGCCUGGGUAACUUAUUUACAGGGUGGAGGUGACGUGACCUGAUUUACUAGCCUGCGAAGUGUAUGGCACCUUCAUCUGUAACCCAGGAAACACCUGUGUGUGUUGUUGAGACGUCUAAAUUGGUGAAACCAAGUGUGUAUUUAGUCAACAUGAAGGAAUAGUUUGUCCAAGAAAUUAAAUGUGCAUGAAAUCUUUGCUUGUACCCUGAAUGUCAGGGUAGUCAGUCAGCGAUUUUAUGUAAGAUUUUCCAGUCACACAUUGUUAAGGAGUUCUUUGGUUGUGACUUACGAUCGACAGUCUCAACUCACGACAGAUUUAGUACCUUUGUGUCCAAAGACAGCUGAUGAAAAAACUCUGGCAGUGUCAGAAAUAUUUGAUUCCAAUCACAAAGUGUGACCUCUGGUACGACGCUUGUUUAAAAUCCACCAAUAGGAGGAUGGCGUAGGAUGACGCAAAACUCCUGGGCCAGCUACAGAUGGCAAACCAUGAACUGUAAAAAUCAUUAUUACCUCCAGCUCACUUUGAAGAAUGUUUCUGUUUAUGCAGCCCAAUUUUCUGCAUGAGCCUGAAUCAUGCUGAUUGAUGACGUAAGCAGAACGUACUAAUUUUUUUUUAAUUGCAGGUUUAUCCUUAGAGGAUCUUCAUCACAUAAUCUGACAGGGAGUACACGUGUUGUCUUGCAAUCUGUUAUAAUAUUCAGUCAAGAUUUUAUUGAGAUCAUCUUAUACAGCCUGAGAAGUUAUAAUCUUUAAAGACAGCUGUAAUCCUACAAUCUAAAAUCUGCUUACUAGCUUACCAGAACCUGCCAGUUUACCUUCUCAUAAGAAGAAGGAAGCUUCUUUCCGCUUGCAAAAUUUAAGAUAUCUGCAUGCAAUGCAAUACGAGAAAAAUCUUUAGACACCAAACAUGUCUUGGCUGAUUGACUACAUUUUUUGUUUUUGUGAGGUUUUUUUUCGGCCUGAAGUAUUCCUUUAACAUGAUCACCAUGACCCUAAAUCACACUUUACAACUAUGUGUGUGUGUUACAACGCCAGUUGUAUGUUGUGUAUUUGUACGCCAGAUUUAAUUGUGUGGUCACGAACUGAACGUUUCUCGUUGAGCGGCAGGAUCAGUGAAUCCUCCUCAUCUGGCAGUUACAAAAAGGCUAUUCUGUGUGUUGUUACAGAGCUCGAAAGCCCUGAGAGAAAGCUUUGUCCCGAGCCAAAUUGUAGCUGUAAACCCUGCGAAAUGACACUGAAUAGAAAGCUCACUUUUUUUUCCCCCUCCCCAAACAUACAAGUGUGUUCUGCUGCACAAAGUCACACACACACAAGAGAUACUUUUGUGCAACUGCAAAGAGUACAGGAAAUGCUUUUGGCUGUGGUCUCCUCCAGAACAUUUAGCCCAACAAAUGUGCUGUGUGCAUGCUCAACCCGAUUCCUCACAUGAGAAACAAACAUUCAGUGAAAAUCACACCUCUGAUGAGUGUCCCACUUUCUGGUGUCUCAUUGUUAUGCUGCUUCUGGUCACUAUUACCUUUAACUAAUUAUAUCCUUAGUAAGCAUUUUAUUUUUUCAAAUUAUGCAGCAUGAAUUAUUAAUCUACAGCUUGUUUUGUGGCACUCUUGAAUAAUUAAUUAUGCUGCAGGCUAGUGUAGACCUGUGUGGCCUAAAUGGAAAAAAAGCCUAUAUAUAUUUUGUGCUGUUUGAUAGUGAAGAGGCAGUGAUGUCUGAACACACACAUACUCCUGCUACUCAAACUGAGGACUUACUUACAAACUUGAUUACAUAAGCAGACCUGAUGAAAGCAGCAAAUCCUCUAUUGCAUGUAGUUUUAUACCUGAAAGUCAAGAAUAGCAUACAUUUACUGUGUUUAAAAAAAAAAAAAAAAAAAAAAAACACUAAGAAGGAGCAUGGAGUGGGCAGGGCAAGAAGAUAUAGUGAAAGCAAGUAUCAGGUGCAUCUACUUAGUCACACCCUUUCUCACCUGAGACAAUCAAGGUACACACACCAAGUUGCAUGUCACGUCUGGACGCUUUCUAGCUUCACUCCUAUUCCCAUCACUCUGUAGAUGCUCUUUAACAUGGAGAUGGCAGUGUUACACCUCCAUGAAGACAACAUGGACUCUUUCAGCACAAAGAACCUGGCCCUGCAGGCCCAGAAGAAGCUCAUGAGCAAGAUGGCUACCAAGACAGUGGCCAACCUGUUCAUCGAUGACACGAGCAGCGAGGUGCUGGAUGAGCUGUACCGUGCUACCAAGGAGUACACACGCAACCGCAAGGAGGCACAGAAGAUAAUUAAGAACCUCAUCAAGAUGGUGGUCAAAUUGGGUGUGCUGUACCGCAACGGGCAGUUCAGCAGCGAGGAGCUUCUGCUCGUCGAGCGCUUCCGCAAGAAGGUGCACACGCUGGCCAUGACUGCAGUCAGCUUCCACCAGAUCGACUUUACCUUCGACCGGCGUGUCAUGAGCAGCCUCCUGAACGACUGCCGCGAGCUGCUGCACCAGGCCAUCAACAGGCACCUCACAGCUAAAUCGCAUGCCCGCGUCAACCACGUCUUCAACCACUUCUCCGACUGCGAUUUCCUGGCGGCUCUCUACAGCCCCUCUGAGGUCUACCGCACCCACUUGCAGAGGAUCUGUGACGGAGUGAACAAAAUGCUGGACGAAGGCAACCUUUGACCCUCUCACUGAGUUUUUCUCACUGAGCUCUUAUAUUAUGUUGUGUUUUUAAUGUAUGUGAAUAUUUUCACAUUUAUAUUUUGUGUUUUUUUUUUUUUUUUUUUUUUUUUUUUUUGUUACGCCACACCCCGCCUCAACUAAAUCAAAGCUCUUUCUGACUCAUUGUUCCUCCUCUGGGUGGGCUGAACAGCUGUGUGUUUUCCAAGAAAAUGCAACACCUUUGGUUAAACCAUUAAAAGAAGAAGCGCAUAACCCAGACUUUAAACACUCACUCAUAUCUGUAAGGAUUAUUCAGGGGUGCUGGUUGAGAUUUAACGUUGAAGUAGCACAUGAACAUGCUUUCCUGAAGUUUCUUUCUUCUUGAUGAGAAGAUAAGUUUUAUAAUGUGUAAAUUCAUGCACUAUAAUAAUUAAGCCGAAGGAGAUUUUGCAGUUUUUCUCUAGCGUUAGUUUGAGGUUUACGUUGUACACUUUCAUGUUCUGGCUAGAAAAAUAACGCGUCAGCUCCACUUGUCCUCAGAAGCCCAGUGUAAGCAAUCUCUCAGUGCAAACAUUUUUAGUCUUUUCAUGUUUUAAUACCCGCGUGAGUCACAUGAGAAUGCAGGAAUAGAAUUGAGCUUUAUGUGGAUGAGAAACCGGUUUAGUGAAGUCUGAAAUGGUCAUGUAUCAGCAACUCCUUGUCACGUUUUUAUUAAAUUUUUCGCUGUGACAGAUGACCUUUUCACCCUGAUGCAGUUCCUCAGUGGGAAUGAAGGCAAACUGAGCAUGUUUCACUGUACUACUAUUUCAUAACUUUGUUUUUAUAUUUUUAUUACUGAGGCUUUUUCCGUUUUGUGUUGUACUUUAUUGUAUAAUUUUUUGUGUGUGUGUGGCUCUGAUUAAGACACAGUAAAAAUGAAGCAACUCAGCCAAAGAGAUGCAAAGCAGAAUAUUUUUUAAGUGCAGGGAGGAACAAACCCCAGUAGGAGUGCUGAUCUAGGGGUUGACGUUCCCAGCAGCAGCGCAUGACACUCUAGCAGCCAGUGUUCUAAUGUAUUUAAAGAUGUGUGACGUAAGAGUUGAUUUUGAAGUUUAAACCACUUACAUUUCCCUGAUAACUUGAGCAGCUGUUGAAUGAAGGACCUCACUAAACAGGAUUAUCUCUAUAUUUGAUCUGUAGGCAUGUAAAUCAUUUGCAGGCUGUUUGUGCGUGCAGAGAUCCUGACCGAUGCAUCAAGGUGAUACAAAUGUUUGCUUUCAAAGUUCUAUCAACGUCUUGCAUCGCAUAUCUAUAACCAAACAUAGGUGUCAAUAUUACUGCUCACCAUCCAAAGAUAAACAUGAACCAUCAAUGUUUUACAGCAUGUAUGCACUUAUCAAUAGUGUUGUAAUAUUCUUUUUUUUUUUUUUUUUUUUUUUUUUUAAUUAUAUAUGUAAAAAUUGUUUUGAAUGUGUCCCCACCUGACACUAAAGGUAAUAAUCAUGAUGGCAACUAGCUUGAAGCUGAUGUAAAGCCAACCUAAUAGUAAAUACAGCAUUUCUUCUCAGGAUUGAAGCCUACUCAAACACACAAAAGGAUUAAAGAGUCUGGAAUUGCUUACCGCCGAUUUCAGUGGACAAUUAACAGAUGUCUUCCAACUUUCUGGUUUUAUCCUUUUGCUCCUUGCAUCGAAUUGUAGGUGUGAUUUGUCUGAUGUGCCUUCACCUUUCCAGACCUGUUGUAUAUAAGUACAUAUAUAUAUAUAAACAGUCUAUAUAAAGGAAAGCUUGUUUUUAAUUGA